AAAUUGUCAAAAAAAUUGAAUUUAACCCUGUUUGCAUUUUCUGUCUCCAUAAAUCGGCUUGACUCAGGUCCAAAAAUAUAUUUUUUUCUUUUAGUAAAAAACGCUUUUUUAAAGGAAUAAAAUGUCGAGUACCUCUCAAAAACAUCGAAACUUUGUAGCGGAACCUAUGGGCGACAAACCAGUUACCGAAUUGGCUGGAGUCGGUGGUGUUUUAGGAGAAAGACUGAAGGAAGCGGGCUUUGACAAGGCAUUUGUAGUUCUUGGCCAAUUUUUAGUACUAAAGAAAAACCAAGAAUUAUUCAAAGAUUGGAUGAAGGAAACAUGCUCGGCAAACACAAAACAAUCUACAGACUGCUGGCAGUGCCUCAAUGAUUGGUGUGAGGAGUUUUUGUAAAUAUUGAUAAUUAUUUUAAAAAGAAGUUUAUGAUCUACUUUUAUAAGUUUAAAAAGAUUAAUAUCAAAGUUAUAAUUAAUAUGCUAGUUUCUAAUAUUUUUAAUAUGUUUUAUAAGGUGAGGUGAGAUUGUAUAAAUAAAUGUGGUAAACAUGUAAACAAAAAAGAAA